AUGGGGUUCCCACCCACUAACUGCUGUUCUGCUUCUGUGACAGGAGCUUUGCUUUCCCACCAAGUUCCUGUUUUCCUCCAAGAAGUUCCUGCUCACAACACUAUAAAAACCCCUGAGUUUGAAAGCCUGUUGGAGGCCCCAGAGAGUUCUCCUGGAGGACACUGUCGCGGCACAGAUCAGAGCAGCCCUGACUCCGGAGGCCACCCUGAAGAGGUUCCGGGACCCUUGUCUUGCUGUGUGCUCUUGGUGGCCAAUGCAGCUAUCUGUCUGGGACUAGGGGCUAAAUUUUAUUCGUGGAAAAAGUCUUGCAAGGUGCAAGGACACGGAGCGGACCACCUCCUGGGAAGCAACGGAUUCCGUGCCGGACUCCACACAGGAGGCUCCUCCUCCUCAGACGUGAUUCCAGGCCCCCCUGGCACCCCUGGCACUCCAGAAGAAGGAGCUUCACUCCGAGGCUCAGCCCCAGGGAAAACCUCCUCCCAGCCCGCUGCAGUCUUCCCCUUAAGGUACCUAGGACAAGGGUAUGGGAUUAUGUAUGUCCCGUCCACCACCACUGAUGUGUUUAAUUGGCAAUCUCAACUUGCACCUUUCUCUAAGGAUCCGCAGGCUAUUUAUAAUUUAAUUAGAAAUAUUAUUAAUACUCAAACCCUAAUUUGGAUGAUAUGCAACAAUUGUUAGAUGUCCUCUUUACCAUGGAAGAAAGAGAAAGGAUCAGGUGGGAGGCUGAAUUGGCAGCCGUCAGAAUGGAUGAUUCCAACCAGGCACAAGGUCUGCAGGAAGUUGUCCCGGAUACCCGUCCCAAGUGG